GUUUGUGCUUUGUCACUUUGAAAAACAAAAGAAAGAAAACGGAAAAGAAAAUUCACUUAUUAUUCUUAGGGCUGCCAGCCAUGGAAACUUUGAACCAGUGACAGGGGAGGAGCUGAAAAUGAAUUCUGUUUGUGUUUCUUGAACUGAUGAGGUAAUCAACACUCAAUUGAUGGUUUCUCUGUAAAUUUACCAAAAAUGGGUCAAACAUUUUUCUCCAUAUUUCAGCUUGAAACAAAAAGGUUGUUAUGGCUUAUUGGCAUUACAUUUGCAGUGUUUUUACUCUUCCAGUAUUCUGAGCUUCCAUAUUUAGCAACAACAAUAACAUCAUCAGGAAGCAGUAGAUUCCAUCCAGCAGAUCCUCCAUCUGAGUCUAUACUUAACAAUGUUACAACGGAUUUCGAUAUAGCAAACUCUACUAAUGGACAUGUUCUUGAGAGGAUAGUUAAUUCAACUAGUUCAUCAAUUGAAAAGGACAAUGUUUUGGGAGCAGGUUUUGUUGUAGAACCAAAAAAGGUGUCCAUAUCAAACACUUCAUCUAUUGUAGGAUUUGAUGAGUCCGAUGAAAAUCCCGUGGUCGAAAAUGUAAGGAUAUCAGAUAAUGGAUCUGCAAUAGAGCAGGCAGAGAAUCUUGAACUGAAGAGUUCUAACAAUGGUAUGGAUAUGAAUUUUACAAGAGAGGUCAACACUUCAUCUGAAUUAGAGCAUAAAUCAGAUACAUAUUUAAGUCCUCCCGUCGAAAUGAAGCCAAAUAUUACACCUCCUCAAGGGUUAUUGAACAUUUCCAAUGAAAUCGAUUCGGAGAAUGAUGAGAGGCCAAAAGAUGAAGUCAAUGUGCUUGGCAAGAACUCUUCUAUCAGUAGUAUGCCUAAGGAGAAUAAAGAUUCUCGUAUAGCUGUUCCGAAAGUAACAUCAAUCUCUGAAAUGAAUGAAUUAUUGCUUAAAAGCCGUGUCUCAUAUCGUUCUAUGAGGCCAAGGUGGUCUUCAUCAGUUGAUAAUGAGCUACUGAAGGUUAGAUCGGAGAUUGAAAAUGCACCAAUUGUAGAGAAUGUUGAUAAUCUUUACGCCCCCCUUUAUCGAAAUCUUUCCAUGUUCAAAAGGAGCUAUGAAUUAAUGGAAGAGACUCUCAAAGUUUAUGUAUAUAGAGAAGGGUCUAAACCAAUAAUGCAUUUGCCAUAUCUUUUGGGAAUUUAUGCUUCCGAGGGAUGGUUCAUGAGGCAGAUGGAAGGUAAUAAAAGAUUUGUUACCAAGGACCCAAAGAAGGCACACCUGUUCUACUUACCUUUCAGUUCCCGGAUGCUAGAGGAAACCUUGUAUGUACCGGAUUCGCAUAAUAAUAGGAACCUGAGGAAGUAUCUGAAUGGUUAUGUCGAUUUGAUCGCAGCGAAACAUCCUUUCUGGAACAGAACCGGAGGUGCUGAUCAUUUCCUUGUUGCUUGCCAUGAUUGGGCCCCAACAGAAACAAGACAGAACAUGGCCAAGUGCAUAAGAGCCCUAUGCAAUUCUGAUGUCAAAGAAGGCUUUGUGAUAGGUAAAGAUGUGUCUCUUCCUGAAACCUAUGUCAGAAAUGCGCAGAAACCCACAAGAGACAUUGGUGGAAGACCAGUUUCAAAAAGGAAAACAUUGGCAUUCUUUGCUGGUGGCAUGCAUGGUUAUGUUAGGCCAAUCCUAUUGCAGCAUUGGGAGAACAAAGACCCUGACAUGAAAAUCUUUGGUAUAUUGCCAAAAUCUAAGGGUAACAGAAACUACAUUCAGUACAUGAAGAGCAGCAAGUACUGCAUUUGUGCAAAAGGGUAUGAAGUUAAUAGUCCAAGAGUUGUUGAGGCCAUAUUCUAUGAAUGUGUUCCUGUUAUCAUAUCUGAUAACUUUGUGCCUCCAUUCUUUGAAGUGUUGAAUUGGGAAUCAUUUGCUGUUAUUGUUGUGGAGAAGGAUAUUCCAAAUUUGAAGAGUAUUCUACUUUCAAUCCCACAAAAGAGGUAUCUUCAGAUGCAGAUGAGGGUAAAAAAAGUGCAGCAGCAUUUCCUUUGGCAUAGGAGCCCUGAGAAGUAUGAUAUGUUUCACAUGAUACUUCAUUCUAUUUGGUUCAAUAGAGUCUUCACCACAAGAGCUAGAUAACUGAAUUGAGAUUAAUACCGAGUUUCAAAUUCGUCUUCUUUCAUUUUUUGUAAGUAAAAUAUCUCUGUAUAUCUAUUCUUUUUCAGAAGAAGCAAAAUAAAAAGAAAAAAAAAAGACAAAAACAAAAAC